UAUGCAAACAGGAUAUGAAACGCUGCGUUUGGCCUGUCUAGAGCUGACAAAACGACGCCGCUUAAUUAAACAACAUAGGCUCAUAGCAAUCCAUCGAUUAGCUCGAGUGUUCCCUUUCUCAUUCCCUUUUCCUUUUUCUUCCCCAUUUGUGUUGAGCCUCUGUGUUUUCUCAACUCAGAUGGCAACUGCGGUGAUCUCCGAGUCUAAAAGGGCGCCGCGGCCUGGUCGGGGCGGAUAUCAAGCACACGGAAUGACUGAGGAGGAAGCCCGGGUACGGGCCAUAGCAGAAAUCGUCAACACUAUGGUGGAGCUUUCGCGAAAGAACCAAACGGUGGACCUCAACGCUAUCAAAUCCGCCGCCUGCCGCAAGUACGGCCUCGCGCGAGCCCCGAAGCUCGUGGAGAUGAUCGCGGCUCUUCCCGAGUCUGACAGGGACUCGCUACUUCCCAAGCUCCGCGCCAAACCAGUUCGCACCGCUUCCGGAAUCGCGGUAGUGGCUGUCAUGUCGAAACCUCAUCGGUGCCCACAUAUAGCGACAACGGGAAAUAUUUGCGUUUACUGUCCUGGUGGGCCGGACUCUGAUUUUGAGUAUAGCACACAGUCCUACACUGGUUAUGAACCUACUAGCAUGCGCGCAAUUCGAGCCAGAUAUAACCCAUAUGUUCAGGCUAGAAGCAGGAUUGAUCAACUUAAGCGAUUGGGCCAUAGUGUAGAUAAGGUCGAGUUCAUAUUGAUGGGCGGUACUUUCAUGUCAUUGCCAGCAGACUACCGUGAUUACUUUAUAAGGAAUCUUCAUGAUGCUUUGUCAGGACACACUUCUGCCAAUGUUGAAGAAGCUGUUGCCUACUCUGAACAUGGUGCAACGAAGUGUAUUGGCAUGACAAUUGAAACGAGACCAGAUUACUGCCUUGGCCCUCAUUUGCGUCAAAUGCUUUCUUAUGGUUGUACACGAUUGGAGAUUGGAGUUCAAAGCACAUAUGAGGAUGUUGCUCGUGAUACUAAUAGAGGACAUACAGUAGCUGCUGUAGCUGAUUGUUUUUGCUUGGCAAAGGAUGCUGGUUUCAAGGUUGUUGCUCAUAUGAUGCCUGAUCUUCCAAAUGUUGGGGUUGAGAGGGAUUUGGAAAGUUUUCGAGAGUUCUUCGAGAGUCCUUCAUUUAGAGCAGAUGGGCUAAAAAUUUAUCCCACACUUGUAAUUCGUGGAACUGGGCUUUAUGAGCUCUGGAAAACUGGCAGGUAUAGAAAUUACCCUCCUGAGCAACUGGUAGAUAUUGUUGCAAGGAUCCUAGCCAUGGUACCUCCUUGGACACGGGUUUAUAGAGUUCAACGAGAUAUUCCUAUGCCUUUGGUUACAUCUGGGGUUGAGAAAGGAAAUCUUAGGGAGCUAGCUUUAGCUCGAAUGGAUGACUUGGGUUUGAAAUGCCGUGAUGUCCGUACAAGAGAGGCUGGAAUCCAGGACAUUCAUCACAAAAUUAAACCAGAAGAAGUUGAGCUUGUUCGCCGUGAUUAUACAGCAAAUGAAGGUUGGGAAACAUUUCUCUCAUACGAGGACACGAGACAGGAUAUUCUUGUGGGUUUGUUGCGCUUGCGAAAAUGUGGUCGCAAUGUCACCUGCCCAGAACUUGUGGGAAAAUGCUCUAUUGUUCGUGAGCUCCAUGUUUAUGGAACCGCUGUUCCUGUUCAUGGGCGUGAUGCCGACAAGUUGCAGCACCAGGGUUAUGGCACGCUAUUAAUGGAAGAGGCAGAGCGGAUUGCUCAAAGGGAGCAUAGAUCAACAAAAAUAGCGGUCAUUUCAGGCGUGGGGACCCGUCAUUAUUAUAGGAAACUGGGCUAUGAGCUUGAAGGCCCUUACAUGGUUAAAUGUCUUCCUUGAUAUAAGCAAAGCUAGAUUUGUGGUUGUAACAAAAUUUUGUAAUUUAUGCCAGUUGAAAGUUUUUAAUUAA